GUUCCCGGACGCCGAGAAAGUUUGGAACUUGAUGCGGGAGAGGAACGUCGAGCCCGACGUGAAGAGCUUCAACGCGAAGCUGAGAGGGCUGGUUCUGGAAAAGAGAACCGAGGAGGCGGCGGAGCUCGUCGAUCAAAUGAUGAGGGACGGGCCGAAGCCCGACACUUCGUCAUUCAAUGCUGUAAUAAGAGGGCAUUGCAAAAUUGGGAAUUUGGAGGCGGCCAAAACAGUGUACUUGGAUUUGGUGAAGAACGGUUGCGCCCCCAACAAGGGGACCUUUGAGGCGCUGAUUCCGCAUCUCUGCGAGGCGGGGGACUUCGAUUUGGCCCUUAGGUGUUGCUACGAUAGCAUGAGUCGGAAGUGCUUUGCGGACGCGGCGGUGCUGCAGAAAGUGGUGGAUGGGUUGGUUGCGGCGUCGAGAGCAGAGGAGGCUGAGAAGCUCGUUGAGCGCGCACGGACGAAUAAGUACUCGAAGAAGAGCUUAAAGAUGCCGAAUAAGCAAUCGGUUUCGUAGAUCAGCAUUGUUCGAUGGCGGUUCUUAACCACACAUUGAAAUUGUAGCAUUGUUCGAUGGCGGCUCUUAUCGACGCAUUGAAAUUGUCGUCUUCAAUCGGAUCUGCUCGUGAAAACAAAUGUUGGUGUUGUUUCGAUUAUUGAAUACUUUUUAAUUAGCCAAAAUCUGGAAGCAUUGAAGAAGCACUGAGAAGGUAGAGAUUGAGUUCAAAUCCGAUUUGAAUUACAGGUCACAGUGGUUUAAUUAGUCAGUGCAGAGUCAUCUAUCCUAUCACUGAUGUAUUUGCUUUUGUAGCUUCUUAUACACAUUACUGGAUAAAUUAAUUCAAUCAAAAUAUAAUACCAAA